AUUUCUCUUUGUCAUGAGAGUUCCCAAAAAAGUCUUUGUUGGUGGGUAUUAGAAAUGAGACAUAAAGAAAGCUGUACCUAGAAAUGAUCAUGGGAAUCAUCACUUCAUCUAUUGGCCUGAAAAUAUCCAUUAUGAGCAGAUUCCAAUAUUUUUGAAGGACAAUUGAUGCUUUGACAUGGAAAUCCAACAGAAUUGGAAGAAGAUCAUACAAAUCAUAAUUAGUUGCAUGGAAGCCCAUAUUAAGGAUCAUGAAGAAAAUUGUGUUGCUCUGAUGGAUUGACCCUGCCAGAAGACAUCCAAUUAAAGGUCACUACUGCUUGCAACCAAGUCAAAGGCAGGAGACAGGACAACAGCACCUCCUGCCCUGCCCCAUUGCCUCCAGUCAUAAACCAUGAUGGCUGUGGGUGAGGCCCUGGUGCAUAUGAGGAUCACUGUCCUCCACUUCUGCCUGGGCAUCUUGCUCUUCCUUUCUGGAUGGGCCCAGAUUGGCCACUCUCAACACCAUAGCCUCCCAGAAGUAGUGAUACCCUUGAGGAUAACUGGCACCCGUAGAGGCUUGAGACCCCCUGACUGGAUCUCCUACAGUCUGCACUUUGGAGGCAAGAAACACAUUGUCCACAUGAAGGCCAAGAAACUUCUGGUGUCCAAACCCUUCUCUGUGUUCACCUACACAAAGCAGGGUGCUCUGCUCGAGGACCACCCUUUUGUCCAGAGUGACUGCUACUACGAUGGCUAUGUGGAAGGAGACCCAGAAUCCCUGGUUGCUCUUAGCACCUGUUUGGGGGGCUUUCAAGGUAUGUUAGAGAUCCAUGACAUUGUUUAUGAAAUCAAACCCAAAAGACUUUCUGCCACAUUUGAACAUCUGGUUUAUAAGAUGCACAGAGAGAAGACACAAUUCCCACCCAUGAGAUGUGGACUAACAGAAGAAGAACUAGCACGACAACUGAAGCUCCAAAGGAAUGAUAAUUCCAUUUUGAGGCAAAGUGGCUAUGAAGGGUGGUGGACCCACACAUGGUAUCUUGAAACAGUUUUGAUUGUAGACUAUCAGCGAUUCCUUUAUAAGCAAAGUAAUGUUUCAUUUGUUAUACAAGAAGUAUUUUUGCUUGUCAAUAACAUACAUUCCUUUUUAAGUCCAUUGGGUGUUGAUUUUAUUUUACUUGGAAUUGAAGUCUGGAAUGAAAAGAACUUUUUUGAAGUGAGUAACAACAUAUUCAGAACCCUGUAUGAGUUUUGCAAUUGGAAGAGAGACAACCUAGAUACUCGCAUAAAACAUGAUCUUGCACAUUUUUUGGUAAAACAAAAUUUUGGUAUGUAUUUUGGCUUAGCCUAUGCUUCAACAGUAUGCAUACCUGGUUUGGAAUGUGGAGUGGAUAGUUUCCCAGAUGAUGACCUGUAUGAAGUCUCACUUACCAUAGCACAUGAGAUGGGUCAUAAUCUGGGUAUGUACCAUGAUGUAUGGAUAUGUCGAUGUGGGCAACGCCAUUGUAUGAUGUCUGAAGAACGAUCAGAUGGCACAAGAUUCAGCAACUGCAGUUAUGCUCAAAUGUGGGAAAACUUUAAAUAUAUGUACUGCAUGCUCAACACACCAAAACAAGAGGACAUCUUUAGGGGGACUGGCUGUGGGAAUGGUGUGGUUGAAGAAGGAGAGGAGUGUGACUGUGGAUCCCCAAUUUUGUGUACAAACCAUCCAUGUUGUUCGGAAAACUGCACUCUGAAAUUUGGGGCUGAAUGUGCCUCUGGGCUUUGUUGUGAAGACUGCCUUCUCUUGCCACCGGGUCAAGUGUGUAGAGAAAAUGUCAGUGAGUGUGAUCUUCCAGAGUGGUGCAAUGGCACCUCACCUGAGUGUCCAGAGGAUGUGUAUGUGCAGGAUGGGGUCCGUUGCAUGGGCAGUGGCUACUGCCAUGAGAAGAGAUGCAAUGCACGUGAUGAACAGUGCAGACAGAUCUUUGGCAAAGAAUCCAGGAGUGCACAGGAGAGUUGCUACACAGAAAUGAACAGCAGAGGUGACCGCUUUGGUAACUGUGGUCUCAGUGAUGACCACUAUGUUAUGUGUAACAUAUCAGAUUUCCUCUGUGGAAGAGUUCAGUGUGAGAAUGUGAAAGAAAUUCCCUCUUUGAGGAGUCACACUACUGUGCAUUGGAUUGACUUCAAUGGUGUGACCUGUUGGAGUACCGACUAUCAUUUUGGGAUGACCAUACCAGAUAUUGGUGAUGUGAAAGAUGGCACAGAGUGUGGUAAUGGACAAGUGUGCAUACACCGGAAGUGUGUCUCUAUGUCAUUGUGGGCAAGUGAUUGUUCGCCAGAGACCUGUGCUAUGAAAGGGAUCUGCAACAACAAACAUCACUGCCAUUGUGACCCUAACUGGGAGCCCCCGAACUGCACAAGAGAUGGUCACGGAGGGAGUGUUGACAGUGGUCCACCCCCUGCAAAAGAAGUGCAAGAAUGGAGGGCGAGGAAGAGAACACCGCUUUUUAUAUUACUUUAUUGGCUCUUGUUUAUAUGUUUGUGGCUUUUGAUUUUAAUUACAAAGAAAACACGGCUUAAGAAAAAAGAGGAAAAUGUGCAGCCUUCACCUAAGAAGGAACAAUUGGGUGCUCAAACUUCACCUGAGAUGAAAGAGUUGGGUGAUCAAACUCCACCUGAUAUGGAACAGCUGGACAAUAAAAUUUCACCUGGGAUGGAAGAAUUGGAUGAACAAUCUUCACCUGAGCUGCAACAGCUGAAGGCUUCAACUUCAACUUUAUCUGAGGCAGAGGAGCUCAGUGUUUAAACUUUAUGAGGAACAGAGAAACAAAAUUUUGCAAUUUUGGAAAAUAAUCCAAAUCCUCAAUUAAAUUCCCAUCCAUUAAUAUUAGUAUCCUGGCAAUAGAGAUGUUAUUGCAGAUUAUAGAAAGCACUGAUAGAAAGUUCAGAUCAUUUUAAGAUCAUAAAAAUUCAGUAUUUAAUCUAUAUAAUUCCUAGCUCAUUCCCACUUUUCACUAUUUCAAGCAAUUUUAAUAGUUUGUUUUGUUAUUUAUUUAUAUUAACUGUACUGGGGAUUGAAUUCAGAGCCUUGCACUCACUAGGCAAGCAUUCUACCACCAAAUACAUCCCACCCUAGUGGUUUAUAUUUCAUGGAUAUAGUUCUUUGUUUUUCUUAGGAAAGGCCUACAGCAUGGAUGGAUGAAGUGUGUAUGUGUGUGGGGGGGGUGCAUGUACUCGACAUCUCUCAAUUCCAAACCACCUUCCCUUCUCAUUCUGCUCUGUCACAUGGAGAGAGGAAAUUUACAAAUCACACCUCUUUGCAGUCCUCCCUAGCAGUUUCUUCCCUUGGAGGAACCAGAGAGAGACUGGAUACCUGUGGGAACUGCUUGAAUUUUGUAUCAGCAUCAUAUCAGAGUUUUCAUCUAGGCAGCUAUAGUAGCUUUCAGUCUGCGUGUUAUUAAAUAUCAUCAGCACCAGAGACACAGAAAAGCUACCAAACAACUUACCCUCAGAUCCUGAGUCCUGGUUCUCUGGGCCUUGGAAGUUGGGGUCCUAGAACCACGGAAUCUACUCCAAAGCUCUGAGUUUGAAUAUCCCUGACCUCUUUCCAUUGAUCUCCAGUCCUCACGGUGACAGCUAUGCCUUCUACUUAGUAACUUGUGGUUACCUCAGGGGUGUGGUUUCUUAUUUUGUGAUUGAAUUCUGAGGGCUAUAAAACUUACCUUGGUAGGAUGGAGAACACAGGAAAGAGUCAGACAUCAGAAGAUUUGAAUUUUUUCACCAAUUCUCUUUACCCUCUUGAGAAUAUGAUUUAAACUUAGGGAGGAUGUCUUUGUAAUCUCCAAACAGGACCAAAGCACUUGCCUCUCAACUCCUUUGCAAAUUUGAUUAUAAAAUAAGAAGAUAUUUAUAAUUAUAUAUAGGAUGUAAUAAGUCUUGGUAAGUUUAAUUUUCUCUGGGGAAAGAAGCCUAGAGAACUCCGAUUAAGCCUUAAAAACCAUACUUGGACAUCAUCAGAGAGCUGGGGAAGUUCAAACUGUAAGAAAUUCUGAAGUGAGUUGAGAAUCAACAGGCAUUCUUUUCUCUGGAGAAAUAGUGGAUGCUGGAUGUCAAUUGAAGAUGAGAUCUGGCCCAGUGAGAGGAAGAGAAGCAGAACUCCAGUCCUCUGAGUUACUUCCCAGGGCUGCAUUCGUAAAGUAGACAUUUGGGGGCUUGAACUUGUAUUCAGUCCCAUGGGCCAUAUUUCAUGGAAUUGUGGGAUACUGGUGAGCUUGUCUGAAAUUUCUGAAAGGUGUAUUUUCCUAAAUCCAUGUGAUAUUUUGGACACAAGACACAGUAAAGUGGCUUGUCUCAAGCACA